AUGCCCAUAAUGUACAGAGCAUUACUUUCUCUUCCGCGCAUACAUAAUGUUGGUUUGUUUACAAGACGUUUGAAGCACUCUGUUGCCGUCCAGAUUGGUGAUGCGGGACCAUUAACGCUUACAACAGGUCACAUGGCGAGGUUUGCUUCUGGUGCUGUUGUCGCUUCCGUUCUGGAAAGCGCGGUUCUCAGCACGUGCGUCUUUCGCCCAUCAUCGAGCGAAAGCCAGCCGGGGCAAGAUUUUGUCCCACUACUGGUAGAUUUUAAACAAAGUGCAGCCGCAGUUGGGAAAAUACCGACGAACUAUUUGCGACGUGAACUUGGUCAAACCGACGCCGAUAUCCUAGCGUCGCGAGUCAUUGACCGAUCUCUCCGACCGCUCUUUCCUCAAGGUUGGAACAGUGAAACUCAGAUUGUUGUAAAGCCUUUGGCUAUAGAUGACGAGGGAGAUGUUGUGUUACUUGGUCUGAAUGCUGCCGCUUCAGCCCUCCAUGUCUCUGCCGUCCCUUGGUUAGGCCCUGCCGCUGCUGUUCGAAUCGCACUUGUUGGGGACAAGAUAGUUCUCAAUCCUACCCGGUCACUGAUGAAAGAGUCUAGCCUUGACCUGCUUUUGACAGGAUGUGGGGAUCGAAGAACUGUAAUGAUUGAAAUGGAUGGAGAUCAAGUGCCAGUAGAUAGGGUAGAAGAGGCUAUCGACCAGGGCUUAGAUGCGACAAGUAAGCUUUUGGAAGCUAUGAAUGAGUUACGAGCUCAGAGUGGAAAAGAAAAAGCUACGUUCACGCAGUCACAAUUUCCGGACGAUCUGCUAGAUGAAGUGCGCGCUCUGUGUGAGGAGCGUUUGUAUUAUAUCCUUACUGAUCCAACGCAUGACAAGAUUUCUCGCGAUGAAGCGAUAAAGGAAGUAGGUAAGGAUGUGGUCACUUCUAUACCAGACGGUGACCCCGCCUUGAUCCAGUCAAUAUAUCGCUUUCUUACGAAGAAAGCGUUGCGAGACCUUAUACUCGACAACAAUAUGCGAUGUGAUGGACGUGGGCUAAACGAUUUUCGGCCGAUAACUAUAAGCGUAGAUGUUUUCAAACGUCUACACGGUUCCUCCUUGUUUCAGAGAGGACAGACUCAAGUAAUGUCUACCGUCACAUUUGACAGUCCAGCUGCAGCUUUUCAUUCAGAUUCUAUAUCACAGCUGUUAGGUAGUCAACGGAAAAAGAUGUUCAUGUUGCAUUAUGAAUUUCCUAGUUAUGCUACAAAUGAGAUCUCAUCUUCUCGAGGCGCAAAUCGGAGGGAGUUGGGACACGGUGCGCUGGCAGAAAAGGCGCUGAAACAUGUAGUUCCUAAGCAGUUCCCAUAUAGCAUCCGUCUGGCUUGUCAGGUCUUGGAAUCCAACGGCUCUUCUUCGAUGGCCUCCGCAUGUGGAGGUAGCUUGGCCUUGCUAGACGCUGGUGUUCCAAUUUCGGCAUCGGUUGCUGGUGUGGCUAUAGGAUUAAUUACUGAUAAGGAAUCGCAAAAACCCCACAAAGUGCUCACAGAUAUUUCGGGUAUAGAAGAUUAUGCAGGAGAUAUGGAUUUCAAGAUUGCAGGCUCAUCUAAGGGAUUUACGGCAAUGCAGCUUGACGUGAAGAUACCUGGUUUGACUUGGGAACAACUCAAAGAAGCAUUUGACAACGCUACUAUAGGAAUCAACUAUGUUUUGGAUAAAAUGAGUGUCAUACUGGAUAGGCCACGCGCAGAAUUCAAGCCAACAGUACCAGUUAUUGAGCAGAUGCGAUUAGAUGCAUACAAAAGGCAAGCGCUGUUCCGUGCUGGUGGGAUGCAUGCUAAGACUGUUGAAGCCGAGACUGGCGUUAAGAUCUCCCAAGAGGACGAGGCUCACAUUAGUUUGUUUGCACCCAACAAGGAGCGACUUGAAAAGGCAAAAGAGCUGAUGAAAAAACUCCUGUCCGAAACAGAUGAACCCGAGUUUGCAUUUGGUCAGAUGGUCACCGCUGAAGUUGUUGAACUUCUGGAAAGGGGAGCCAUGCUCAAGCUUGCCGGUGGGGGUCGUCCAAUUUUUGUCCCCAAUUCACAGCUGCAUUCCGUUCCUAUACGACACUCUUCCGCCAGUGGACUUCAGGUCGGACAGAAAACCACAGUACAAUGGCUGGGACGUGAUGCGGAUACGGGCCAGAUUCGCCUUUCGCGUAAAACAAUAGCAUCGGUAGAUUUGCCGACCAGAACACCUCGAAAGUAAGCCGGUCAUAUUUCAACGUUGUUACUGUUAUGUUGUCAUCGUUUGUUUGAAUAAUGUAAUUAAAACCCUUAACAUCAA